AAAACAGUUGGCUUCUUUACCACCACAACACACGCCGCGCGCCAAACCGGUGAAAAUUUGUCAUAAAAUCUUUGCGGUAUUCGAAUCGUAAACACGAUCUUAUAUCUGAUAUACUUAUUCGUUUUUUUAUUCCUCAUCUAUAAAAAUAAGAGAUUGUCAAAUGGGGGAAAACUUUCAAGGGACAUUUACGUCGGAAAAGAUUUCGAAAAUCAGAUGGAAACGAGAAGAUUUCACCGAAGCGAAGACGUUCCUUUCCGGGAGCUGGGACAAUCCAGUAAACAAGAUAAACCAUUGGACAUUUGAAAAAAACGAAGAGGAGGAAGUUUAUCCCGUUGUUAUAACAUCGCAUCCCUUUGUGGGUGACGUCACUGAACUUCAGUUUGUAAGCAAAGACUGUUUUGUGGCCUCAUCAUCCAUUGGAUCAGUGAAACUCUUACAAAUUUCUGAGAAUCCUUAUUUGGAAUUCAAAGAAAAUGCUUCUUGGGAUUCGCUUCACAAAUUUGGGGCUUUGGAGACUGCGUCUUGUACAGCUUUGGCCACUUUCAAACAGGACAUUGCCAGUAUCGGCGAAGAUGGUAGAAUUAAUUUAUUGACUGUGAACCAAAAAAAACCAGUUCGAACUAUAGAAGAAGCGGACAGCUGCUCGUUGCACUGUGUAGAUUUUCUGAGGCACAAUGAAAUACUCACGGGUAAUUUGAGAGGUCACAUGAAACUCUGGGAUUUGAGAAACGAGAAUGAUGAACCAGCCACAACUUUCAUGCUCUCCGAUCAGCUAAAGACAGAAGCUACGAGUCUCGCUCAUCAUCCCACGCAACGUCACAUUGUGGUUGCUGGAGGUGGUGAUGGAAGUUUAACAGUGUGGGAUUUGCGUCAUAAUACUUAUCCGAUAUCACAAUUAAAUGCUCAUACUCAAUCCGUGAGUGAAAUACUAUUUCAUCCCGAUAGACCAGAAAAUUUAUUCACAUGCUCUAUAAGUGGUGAAUUAUGGCAUUGGAAUAGUACCCAAAACUCGAAACUCAAAUUAGAUGACGCGGAUACGCACUGGCUAAACACGGUUGGGAAUAACGGUAAAGUCAACGUAUCAGCAUUAUGUGGUUCCUUGCACAAACCAAUAAACAGCAUUGAUAUUGAUCGAUCAACAUUAUUGUUUGGCUGCGAUAACGAGGCGAUGUACGUCAUUCGAAAUAUUUGCGUUUGAUUUUGAAAUAUUUGUAAUUCUCGAUAAAUUCAAUAAAGUAAUUUUCAUAUGGAAA